CUUUUUUAAAGAAACGGAUGAAAAGAAGGGGUGAAAUGUCCUCCGGAAGCAGUCGCGACAAACGCCACCAUCACCCUGUGGACAGCCUUUGCCGGAAGCUCCAGAACAUCAACAUGAAGGACCAGGCCUCCAACCCUGCCCUGCAGAUCCCAAAAUUCCAGUCCAAGAACUUUGACAGCCCACAGGGCAAUGUGAAGAAAAACUUGGAGGAGAUCUUGAAGAAAAGGACCCUGAAAGCGAGUGACAGCAAUGCACAGGGCUACGACAACCUGCUGAGCCCCUUCAGCGAUAAUGCCUUCUCCCCGAGUCGGCAACCGGCGUCACCGAGUCACCGGCGCAUCUCGGACAUCCGCUCAACGUCUGCUUCGGGUGGUAGAAACAAAGAGAGAGCCAACAAGUCGUGGCUCGUUCUAGGCCAAGGAGGAGUCUCUCCGUGCCUUUCCAAAUGCAGGGAAUCUUCCUCCAGUCAGCUGUCUGGUUCCUCCAGCACAGAGCAGAGGGCGGCACCUUCUCAGGAAUGUGGCUACAUCACUUCAAGCCCAAAUUUGUCUGCCCGGGAACUUAACCCCGUGCAGCCCAUGUUCCACACUCCUGUCAGCAAGAGACUCUCUUUGGGAUGGAGACUGUCAGCAGAGAACAAAGAUGACGAAAGCGCUGAAGUGAGCCUGAUCUGUGAGGAAGACCUUUUGACUACUAUGUUCUCUGCCUGCGACAUAGAAAGGAGAGGCAAAGUGGCUGUUUCCAAGUUAGUUGACUUCGUGAGAUACACAACUUGCCGGAGUUCUGAGGACAGCAGCCUGGAGGAGCUGUGCAACAUGCUUGAUCCUGAUAAAAGGGACAUCUCCAUGGAUUUGGAAACGUAUCAUGCCAUCAUGAAGGAAUGGAUUGACGACUGCAGGAGAAGCUGGAAAGAACCAUCUGCUAGAGAGACAACCAGAGAAAGCAUGCUAGCAGCCAAAAGUCCUCUUGUGAGGCUGAAUGUAACCUCCGGAAGCCUAGAGGCACUUGGUGGCGAUGUUUCCAGAGGAGACUUGGAAACCUCUGACUUGAUCACUUGCGUAGCAGAUCUUCAGUUCAGCAAUCAGAAACUUCAAGAGGAGAACAGCCAGUUGAAGGCAGCUCUGGACGCCAUGGAGGAGACCAACAACAGAUUAAUGGAGGACAAUGUGGGGCUGAAUAAUCAGAUAAAAAGUUUCCAGCAGUCUGUGGCUCGAGUGAAAACCUUAAAAGAGGAGCUGGAGGAAGCAAAGAAUAACCUUAAUACUGUGGAGGAAAAAAGGCUGAGAACAGCAGCCCAGAAUAAGCAGCUAGAAAAGGAGAAUCAGUCCCUCAUUCUCAAGAUCUCAUCUCUGCAAGAGGAGAAUAUUAGGCACGCUCUGGAUUCGGAUGGACUCCGGAAGAAGAUCACAGAGCUGUCAAGAAAUAUGGCUGAACUCCAAAUACAAGUACACCUGUAUGAAAAGACAGUGGAGAAUAAAGACGCCUCCAUUCUCAAGAAGGACCUGGAUAUUCAGGAGCUGAAGUCUACCCUCAAGGAAUACACCUCAGUAAUAGAGACCCUGCGGGUGGAGAAGAAUAAACUGGUGAACAACAUCCAGCAAAUGCAGCAGGAGUUGAUCUCGAACGGCUUCAACUUCCCCUUGAUAUACAAGUUCAACAGCAGCAUCCUUGAAGGGACCAAUUCUUUGCACUGCGAACUGGAGCUUGCCCAAGAGCAAUCGGAGGUCUCUGGAAUUGAAUGGACUGCCCUGGAUGAAUCGCUGAACGGGGAGGUUUUGCUGCUUCUGCAAGGGCCAGAGAGAGUGGGAGAAAAAUUCAAGGCGACCGUUCAGAAACUGAAGCAAGAACUUUCUCGAGUGGAGGAAAUAGCCAUCCUGCAAGCAGAGGGCUUUGAGGCAAAUAUGCAAGAAGCCCAUAAGAAGAAGCUCAUGGAACUCAAGCAAGAUCUGGUGAAGAAAAGAACUCUCUGGCUUCAGAGACUUGAUCUCUUGGAAGCUCAGAAGGACUCAUUGGACAAGGAGCUUAUAAAGAUGGCGGGAAACCUGAGGAGGAUGAGAACUGAACAGCUGCACUUGAAGAAAGCACUUUCUUCCAGGCAGCAUGAACUGGAGUUGGCCAGACAGCUGAAAGAGGACAGUGUGUCAGAAGGAGGCAUCUUGAGAUCAGCACUUCAAGAGCUAACCCAACAACUUGAGGAUGCCAGCAAGCGGGCUAAGGAUCAGGAGAACGACCUUCACGCUGCCAGCCAGGAAGCAAGAUCUUUGCAAAGGGAACUGGAAGAGAGCAUCGCUGAGCAAACAAACCUCCGGAGCGUAAAUAUAAACUUAACACGCACUUGCCAGGCGCUGGAACUGAAAGCUAAAGAGCAGAGCACUGCUCUUGACUCGCUCAGGCAGAAGUAUUUUGAAGGACUAUUGUGUGGAGUUCUUUGCCAGAGCUGUGCCUGUGAUGAUGAGAGUCCUUCGUCCAGCCCAAAUGUAAACGAAGAGAUAAGAACAGAGCAGAAGAAAAACUGCUGCUACAAAGGAUUCGGGUACCAAGAGAAUCUGCUGUAUGACUUGUCCUGGUCGCACGCAUCAAGGCGCCGGUGCUUGCAAUAUUCGUCACUACUAGACGCGUUGGCCCUUGACCCUCUCCAGCUGAUCCAGAGGAGCUCUGUGUCCAGGGCCCCUGAAAAUACUAGAACCCCGUCUACUUCUGGACAGAAACAUCUGAGAAAUGGCUCCAUCUUCGAUGUGAAUCUGAAGGGGCACAAUGGGUGUCUGCCUAAGUUUGGCUUGUUUUCCGCUCUGGCCUACAGCCGCUUCUUCGACACUCUUUCUGCGUCACAGCCAGUGGGCCUGUUCACCUAUGUAAAUGCUGUAGAUAAAAAUAUCCCCUGUGCAGCUUGCUUUAGGGUUAAUGAUGGUGAAGCGCAAUGCUUUGGCUGCCUCAUGCAAAUGAAGCUUUCUGCCAUCAGGUGCAAUGCCCAUUCUGUUGGUAACCAGACCGAUGCAGAGCUUGCCUUAGACAGAAGGAUGGAGGCUGACGCUACCAAGGAGAGCGAUGCUGGACCAUUGACAGAUGCCCCUUCUAGCAGCGAACAAAGUCCACCCCAGGUGAUUCCUUCCUCCACUUCAGAAGGCACUAAUGGAACACAUGACGUGGACGACUCUACACUACUGCAGGCCGUAGAGGAGACAGUCUGUGAAGUUACUUUGCUGCCAGGUGAAGAAACUGCUGCACAGGGAGAAGCUAACGAGGAGACUUCCACCAAGAGGACUGCAGGAGAUCCUUCUUCAUCUGAGGACCUGUCUAGCAUUGCCGUGUGCAAAACCAGGCAGAAUGACAAUGUGUCUCCCAGUGAGAAGGAAGUGGAGGGAGAAUUUCUUCGGCUGUCUCUGGGAUUCAAAUGUGACCUCUUCACUUUGGAGAAGAGAGUCAGGCUGGAAGAAAGGUCCCGGGAUUUAGCAGAGGGAAACCUGAGGAAGGAGAUUGCCAGUGCCUUGAAACUUCUUGAUUCUCUGGCCUCUCUAAAUGAAGAUAACCAGGCACAGGAGAUCGUCAGAAAGCUUCAGAAGAGUUUGGAGCUGCUGAACCAGUAUGCCACCAGGCUUGCCAGCAAGGCAGAAAUGCUGGGGGCCAUUCAUCAAGAGAGCCGGGCCAGUAAAGCUGUAGAAGUGAUGAUUCAGCACGUGGAGAACUUGAAGCGUACGUACGCCAGGGAGCACGUGGAGCUGAAGGAGCUGAAGCAGGCGCUGCUCCAGAACGAAAAGUCCUUCGGCUCUCUCGGGGACCGAGAUGAAUCUUCGAUUAAAAAGCUCUCUGGUUCCUUAAAGCCUUCAUCCCUGCGCCGAGUUAGCAUUGCAACCUUGCCUAGGAAUACUGGAAAUGCUGUUUUGCCGCUGGCCCAGUUAAAUGAAGCAGAUGGAAGUGAAAAAAGUGACAAAUUCAACAGGCGCCCUAGUUGGGGCUUAAUAGGAGCAAAGCAAGGCGAGAAGCGCCCUUUGUUGCAGAGGUACGUAAGCUCGCCUUCCUGGGCUGAGUCAGAGGAAGAACACACUGAGCCCAAAAGCACUCCCUUGGAACCGCCGGCUCCAGAGAUGCGAGGAAGCAAAGCUUGGAAGCUCAGCGAAAAGGAAAGCAGCUCAUCAAAAUGGGGGCUGCACUCACUGUGUAGCAGUUUCUUCUCUUGGGCCUCCUCUCUCCGGACUGCCAUCUGCAGGACCAGCAAGUCUCUCUUCAUCUCCGUCUUUGCGGUGGUGCUCCUUGCUGUUCUUUCGACCUUCCUCCUGGGCUUCUCCUUCCAGAGCCCAGCAGAAGGAGCCCCUGUCGGGACAGGGGAUGCUUGGACAUCCGUGCAGCAGCUGCUGUGGCCAUAUACUCGCCUCCAGCACCAAGCUCCACCUCCCGUAUAAUUCACUGGUGGGAGUUCAAGACGAGGUACCUUUCGGACAUCAAGACGGGGAGCCGUCUUGCCAUGUGGUUUUUCAAUGGGCAGGCGCAAAGGGGUAGAUACUCCGAGCUCCCUGAACUUUCAGCAUCAUCCAAGGUCCCCAUUCACCAAAGAAUGCAGCUUCCAGAUACAGCAUCUUGAUUUUUCCUGGAGGCCCUGCCCUUGCAAGUUAUUUCCUGAUCAUUCAGUUCAAAACGAAACACAGUUUGAUGCUUUCUGGCACCGCAAGUUUGCCUUCUGAAUUUUUUUAAAAAAAUCUCCCUCCCCUCCCUCCCCCAAUCAUACUGAAGCUGCAAGCUCUUAGGAAAUAUGUUUUAGGAAACACUUGGGAGUGAAUAUAGUUUGUCCACAAAUAGCUUACAAAGUAAGGUAUUUAUUUAUUCUUACC